UUUCACUUUUAGUCUCGAGGUGUCGACGCAGGCGCAAUGAACCACUGGCUAAGUAUCAUUCUUCUUGGGGUGUGGAUAUCCGCUCCUGAAGGUCUGGGUAACACGAUCAAGGAUCGCAAUCUCUUCGCCACCGAACUCUUCCAAACCCUCGCCACAGAUCGCCAGGAUGAGAACGUGAUCAUCUCGCCGGUUUCCAUCCAGCUGGCCCUCGGGUUGGCUUACUACGGAGCUGAGGGCAGGACGGCCGCGGAACUGCAGAAGACCUUGCACGCCUCCGCCAAGGAGAGCAAAGAUGGUCUGGCCGAGAGCUACCACAACCUGCUGCACUCUUACAUCAAGUCCAAGACCGUGUUGGAGAUCGCCAACAAGGUGUACACCCGGCAGAAUCUCACGGUAUCUAGCCACUUCCGAGAGGUGGCCCAGAAGUACUUCGACUCCGAGGUAGAACCACUGGACUUCAGUCGCGAAACGGAGGCCGUGGAGCAGAUCAACCGCUGGGUGAAGCAGCAGACGGAGAACAAGAUCGAACGGGUGGUGGAAAGCCUGGAGCCGGACACCAAUGUGGCGCUGGUCAACGCCAUCUACUUCAAGGCUCGCUGGGCACGACCCUUCAACGACGAGGAUACCCGGGAUCGCGAGUUCUGGCUGAGCGAGAGCCGGUCCAUCCAGGUGCCAACCAUGUUCGCAGACAACUGGUACUACUACGCCGACUACCCGGAACUCGACGCCAAGGCCAUUGAGCUGUUCUUCGAAAACAUCAACCUGACCAUGUGGUUCAUCCUGCCCAACCAGCGUUCCGGACUACAGGCUCUGGAGCAGAAGCUCAAGGGCGUCGACUUCAAUCUGCUCGAAGACCGCUGGCAGUGGCAGAGUGUGUCCGUUUACCUGCCCAAGUUCAAGUUCGAGUUCGACACGGACCUAAGACCCACAUUGCAUAAGAUGGGAAUCAGUGCCAUGUUCUCAGAUGCAGCCGACUUCAGCAACAUUUUCCAGGACUCGCCCAUCGGCACUCGGAUCACAAAGGUGCAGCACAAGACCUUCAUCGAUGUGAACGAGAUCGGAUGUGAGGCGGCUGGAGCUAGUUAUGCUGCCGGAGUUCCCAUGUCCCUGCCCCUGGACCCCAAGACUUUCGUGGCCGAUCAUCCAUUUGCGUUCAUCAUUCGCGACAAGCACGCUGUCUAUUUCACCGGACACAUUGUCAAGUUUUAAUCGUCACACAUUUCCCUCAGAUUAAGCACUUUAAAUUGUAAUCAUUACAUCAAUAAAUAAAUGCGGAGAACCUCCGCCAGAACUU